AUGUCUUCGACACAAUCCCUUCCAAAGUUUGUCGUGUGGGCACCCGACUACACCGAUGACGGCGCUCUACAACGGAGAAUGGCAGUGAGGCCUUCCCACCUCGAGAACAUUAAGACACUCGCUGGUCAAGGUACUCUGCGGCUCGGUGGAGGCUACAUGACGCCUGAAUCCGUCGACGCAGCCGCAGCUGACAAGAAGUUUGUCGGGUCGUGCAUGAUUUACGAGGGCGAGAACAUCGAUGUCGUGCGUAAGCUCGUGGAGGAGGAUGUGUAUUAUAAGAGCGAUGUGUGGGACAAGGAGAAACUUGUUAUUCUCCCAAUCGCAUUGGCAACGGCCCUUCCGCCUGUUCCUUCAACUUGA